UCCGCGUCAUUCACGUCACGUAAUGUGUGAGUCAGAGGUCGGAAACUGGGGCUAGAUUUUGCUAACAGAGUUGCCCUUAUUCUACACUUCAAAAUAAGGAUAUCUGCUCACAUGACUUGGUCUCAUGACCUGCACAUGCUGUGAUGUCAACAACGGAGCAGGAAGAAAGAAUCCUGAAUCAGCAACACUGGUAUUCAGUGAUCUGUCUCUCUUCAAUCUGAGGGACACCCUGCACUGAACUGGACAACAAGAUCGCAGACUGAAAAACGUGUCAGAAGAGUGAGUAGUAGUUCCUCUGAAAAAUGACUCAUGAUGGCAAAAAGCUUACAGGGCUUGUAGCUGCAACAUUCACACCCCUCACACCAAAAGGUGAGGUUAAUCUCUCAGUGAUUGGACAAUACAUUGACUUCUUAGUCGAAAAGCAGGGUGUACGGAAAAUCUUUGUGAAUGGAACCACAGGUGAGAGUCUGUCCCUCUCUGUGGACGAGAGGAAACAGCUGGCAGAGGCAUGGUGUCAAAAGGGCAAGGGAAAACUCGAAGAUGUGAUUGUGCACGUUGGCUGUUCAAGUCUCAAGGAUUCUCAGGAACUGGCACGCCAUGCUGUUGAAGCAGGGGCUGAUGGGAUUGCAGUUAUCUCUCCGACCUUCUUUAAACCGCCCAAUGCUGGUAUGAUGCCUUCAUUUCUAUAUUCACAUACAUACUUGCUCUCAUCUUUUUUGUUUAUUUGUGGUGUGGACAGAUUUAUAUAUCCUCUCCCCCUAGCUUCACUGAGGCUGUUUCUUCAGGAAGUUGCUGCUGCUGCUCCUGCUCUCCCAUUCUACUACUAUCACAUCCCUAGCAUGACAGGGGUUCACUUGCUUGCAUUAGAUGUGGUGGAGGGAAUCGAGAAAGUGAUCCCAUCGUUCAGAGGCCUGAAAUUCAGCGGCAGUGACCUGUUAGACUUUGGCCAGUGUGUUAGUUGCAGUCCUGGUCACUGGACACACUUGUAUGGAAUGGAUGAGCAACUGCUGGCAGCUCUUGCCAUGGGAGCAGAUGGUGCAGUGGGCAGCACAUACAACUAUAUGGGAAGUACCAUGAACAAAGUUCUGUGUGCCUUUGACAAGGGAGACCUGGAACAGGCCAGGAAAUUACAGUUUCAGAUGCAGGAGAUUAUUCUGUUUGCAAUAAAGCAAGGGUUCAACCUUGCCAUGAACAAGCAGCUAAUGAGUGAGAUGUCUGGAAUAUCUCUGGGGCCUCCACGUCUCCCUCUCAUACCCUGUGAUGUGACAAAAGCUCAGGUUGUGGUCCAGAAAAUGUACUCCGUCCUGGGUGAACAACAAUAAUGGUUUAAUGAUGGCAUUCCCAGGCGCAUUACCUCCAGUAAUACUCUACUUUAUGGACUUGAUUACUUGAAAAUAGAAAAUAUAUUUUUACGUGGCUUUUGUUUUGUUUUUCAGUGUGUAGAUUGUGUUCAUUUUGUUUCUUCAUGAAAGAUGCCAGUGUUAAUGGUAAUGAUAAACAAUCAGGCAAUGACUGAUUAUAUUAGGGAUUUCACUGUAAAGGUCUUUUUUAAAGGGAAAAUGUGCCAUGUAAAACAUCUAAUGUAUUCUGUUUUAACUAUGGUAAGUCAGUAUUUCAGAAAUUUCAUUUUUGACACUCAUACGUUUCUACCUGAAAAUUAACUGUAUUUUUCAAGAACACUUUAAUACAUUUCAGUCACUUACAAAAGAGGUUUACACAGCAAAAUAAACAUUCCAAAAUAGUA